AUUACAGGCUUCUAAUAAUCUAACUGCUAAUAUUUUUAAUGCUGGCUCCUCUAAAUUGUUGCAGUAAAAGCUUCACGUGGAACCUUGAAUUCUAUUUAUUCCCCUCACUUCUUAUAUUCAGCGGCCGCUGCAGCUCUAUUAAUGGUGUGACUCAAGUAACCUUUUCAAAAAUAAACCACGAAGCUAUUUUCCCCUGCAGUCUUGCCUGAAGAGGUUCAGUUUCUAUGGAGACAGAGUGCAACCAUCACACCCCUCUCGGGCUCGGACCUGCAAGUUGGGGAGCGAGGCCCCGAAUCCACUGAUUCUGAAAGGGAGAGAGAGCGUGAGAUGCUCGAGGUUCCCGAAAGAGAGCAGGUCCUCAGAGAAAUGGCAGAAACAGAGAUGCUUGAUAUUUCAGCCCAGGGUGCACUGCCACUGGAGGGCAGUGACCAGAGAGAGGUGUCUCGGGAGAUCUCCCCCUUAUAUCUAUCCGAAGGGUCCACUCUCUCCAGGUCUAUUUCUACACUGAGGGACAUCCCAGAGGUGUCGGACGAGUUGCCUGGGAGAGUAGCCGCGGAGUCACCUCGGUUGCUGCCAGAAUUGGCCGAAGGUGAAGUAGAGCCUCUGCUUUUUCAGUCCCUCUUGCCGCCCGAGGUCAACCGCAAAAGUGUCAGCAAUGUUUUUCAGCGGCUUCUGGCAUCUUUAUCUGCCAGGAAGCUGCGUGUGGAGCAGGAUGAGCCUUAUGGUGACAUCUUCAUAUUUCGUGGCUCCAACUAUGAAGAAAUACAUCUGACUUUGUAACAUGGAAGCAGCGAAGCAGCGCUGAGCCUCCUGAUCGGACUCGUCCCGUCUUAAAGCCAGACUGGAAACUUCGUGUUCAACAGCAUCAUAAAUACAAAGCGGUGUUUUGUGAGAGAUCAUUUCACGAGAAGGGUUUAAAAAGCAUUUUAUGGAGCUUUUAAUGCGAUUAAGUGUUGUUUUUAUAAUUGUUCCUUAGUGCUACCAGGUUUAUGAGAUUUCUGAUAAAUAUUUUAACAAUUUUUAUUGUUUUAUCUGCAAUCAAACAGAAGUGUUGUCGUUGUUGUUCUGUGCACUCAGUUGAACUGUGCUGUGUUCUGUUGAACUGCAAAAUAAAUGA